UCUGUUGUGCACUUUGUCUUGGAGAGGUGUGUGGGUUGAGGGUGGUUUGACUGAAAGAAAGAAAAGAAAGAAAGGAGAACGAGAAAGUGACUUCAGAGGAAAUUGCUGAAAAGAGCUGCACAUCUUUCCAGGAUUUUUUUAAGGAGGAACUGACACAGAUUCAACAUUCCUUAAGAACAUGUUGGACAUGGAAACAAAUGGCAGAUACCACUGACCUCUGAUGAGACAGUGUGCUCACUUUUAAGGACUUAAAAGGAUUUAAAUGAGGAUAAGCUAAUAGUCUUGAAAAGAUUUCUCCAAGAAAAUAUCUUGCUUUGCUUCAUAAUUGUUUCUUGGUGGGACGUAAACAGCUGUGAGGGGACUUUGAAAGGAAAUUCAGAAACUGUUGGAGAUAACUACUCUCCGGGCAAGACUGAAAUUUACAUGAAUAUUGAUGAAAAGCUUUUAGACAGCAGGAUAUUCUUUGGAAUAUUUCAUUAUUUUCCUCUGGAGUAGAAUUUAACAUUUAUAUCUUCAUUAACCAAUUUACCAUAUAUUUACACUACUUUUAGACAACUUAGUGAUGUUGAUAUUUAUUUGCUAGUGAAUGACAUAGGUGGUGAUUGUGAUCAAACUCGAUUAUUUUAGUCCAUUAUUACCAACUAGUUUUAGUCUCAGAAAGAGAAGAAGAAAGAAAGAGAAAUGGCACAGAAAGAAGGGGGAACAGAGCAGGGGCGGGUUAAGACAGGUGACCAUCUUGGGGCCAAAGUCAUGGCAGGGGCCCCUACAGCAGGUGGAGGAGUGGUGGUGGAGGUCAGGGAGAAGAAGGGACCUCUGCGGGCUGCGAUACCCACAAUGCCUUUCCCUCUGGCUGUCAUCUGUCUUUUUCUGAACACCUUCAUACCUGGACUCGGUACCUUCAUCUCAGCGUUCACGGUGCUGUGUGGAGCUCGCAGUGAUCUGAUCUCGGAGCGAGGCGUUUGUUGUGUGUUCUGGCUCAACAUGGCAGCAGCCCUCAUCCAGAUACUGACAGCUGUUAUCAUGGUUGGAUGGAUCAUGAGCAUCUUCUGGGGAAUGGACAUGGUCAUCCUGGCGAUUUCUGACGGCUACAGAGACCAGGGUCUUCCUCAGGACGUCUGAGAGAGGUCGCUCGCCCGUUUGCUGAUUGAUCACAUGGACAGUUUGACCUCUUUAACCUGAUGAUGACCUGUAGCUGUCUGUCUUUCAAACACCAGACAACAUAAGCAGAGACAUAAAAUAUAUUAGCCACUUGGAGAAAGAAAGAACAAGGGCAUCAGCUGACUGCUCUGUCAGUAAAAAGUCUGAUUGAAGCUGCUGCUGUUGAUACAAGACGGCGAAUAGACAAUAAAACUGUACAGUCACAAGAAAUAGAGUGGAAGAAAAACAAUGUGUUUAUAUGUUGUUGGGUAAUUAUAAUGGUGAUUUCUGAAUUCUGUCUUUUGAUAUUUUUUAUUUGAGCUUUUAAAAACUUGUUGACAAGACAACAUGUUUCUUACACGGCAGGAUAAAAAAGUAGUGCAGUGUAAUGUGCAUAAAAAGGUUGCUGUUAGAGGUGUAUUCACCUCAAUGAUCCAUUACACCCCAUUGGGCUUAUAACAGUGUUUCGAGAACCAGUGUAACCAGAGUUUCCACUGCCCCAGAACUGGCUGCCUGGUGCAGCUGCCACAGUUUAUAUCUGCAUUAGAUGUCAUUGGAUUUAUCUGAGAUUUUUAUUGUUAGAUGGUCUGUUUCAGAGAACUAGCGUGCUUUAGUGGUGUUUCCAUCGUCAUAGUGAGGUACAAUAUGGUUCAACUUUCAAAUUUCACUAAAAAACAUGAAAAGAAAAAAUUAAAAAAUAUCAUAACGGCCAGUAAAUAUGAUAAUCACUGAGCACAGAAUCAAACAGGUUUUCCACUGGAGCACGUAAUCAAACUAUAAAUGGCUCUGGUACUUGAUGCUCAGUGUAGUGAGUUUGAAUCAUAACUAAAUUAUGAUGGAGGAAUAAUUUUACAACCAAUCAAUUAACCUUCAGUCACUGUAGGUACAGCAUUUUAUUUUGUCAAGCCAUGUUUUACUGUAAUAGAAUAACACAUAACACAUCUUUAACAGGCUCAAUCUCCCUGCUAAUCACAAGAUGUGUGUCAUCCUAAAAUUACGGGGCUGUGUUGAAAAUGACUCAUGCCUCCUGAUAAUUAUUUGAUUUUAAUUUUCACACCUCUUAAAUGUGUAAAUCAGUGUCAAAGGGAUAUUACACAUCAUUUGAACAUUGUAUAACAGAUUCCCACUCUGGAGAACCAUGGUCACCCCCCUGUCUGUCAGAUUAUGAAAAAGAUACAGACAGUAAUGUCAUUUAAAUUUGUGACUAAGGUCCUUCGCUUGAACGACUGUUUUUGACUUGUUCGAUAAGGCUCAUACAUCCAUGAGCAGUCCUAAACACCAGUAGAGAUUAAUAUUAAAAUAAGAAAAUGAUUAGGUUGUUGAGUGUGUGAUUGAUAGUGUGCAAUAAUAGAGAAUAUAUGGUAUGGCCUCAGUGUAACUAUAUGGGAGGUUCUGUACUGUAGGUCAUGAGAAAAAAUGGACAAUUCUAUCAUGCACAAGAUUCAAAACACUGUAACAUUUAACACAACUGCCUUGGAACUGCUCAGCCAAACAAAGCCUUUCCCAUGAUACCACAUGCUCUUCCUCCCGCACUGUACCAUUGGCUUACUUCCCUGAAAAAUAUCCAAGAGUAUCAAAAACUCAAAGAGCCUUAAACUAAAAGAAUUAAACCAUCUAGCCUUAGCCGUAACACUAAAGGAAAGCGGGGCACUAAAUCGAAAUCAUUGCCAGCGCGUUUGCAGGAAAUGAUUGCUCUGCCCAGUUACUGUUCAACAAGCUGAAAGGCCUCCAACUGGACCAUUUGACAAAAUGUUACUUAAAGUAGCAGUAAAAACCAGAAGUGCAGAUUAUUACCUCUCUUGUAAUAUGGGACAGAUUCAGUAAUUGUCACGCAGCAUUUUCUGGAGAAACUGGGGAUGCAUUUAAUUUAUGGUGAAGUCCCAUUAUUGGUUGUGCCUCUACAGAAAUUAAUGUGCAUAAUUCAAGAUGUGAUUUUUCUCCUUUUUUUUCCACUAUCCCUCUAGGGUUUUAAUUAUUUACAUUAUCUUAGCCAAAUGCCUUUUUACUGUUUUACUGUAUUUUGGGUGCACCAACAUCAAUGUUUUUAUGUUCUGAGUGUGUAUAUGUUGUACAGUGUUUGUGUAUGAGACAGAUGAUGAUGAUGAUGAUGAUGACCGUAACAAUGAUGAUAUUUUAUGCCUUACAACUGACCAAUGUUCUGCAAUAAGUGUUUUUGUAGCAGUGAUGCUGAGGUUUCUUUGCUUUCUUUGGGUUUGGGUGCAAUUUAUAGAUCUUAAACAACUGUUAUUUGGACACUUUAUCAUAAUUAACUUAAACACUGAAUCCACUUUGUGUCUGGAGAAUAUCCACUAAUUAUAAUAUUGUUUUUUUUUUAAUGAUGGUGGUGUUGUGCUAGCUUUUUGACUGUAGAAUGAACAUACUGCCAUGUACAGUUCCCUGCAUGCAUAGCUUUGGUGUGAAUUCACUGUAUAGAAUAACACACACACAGACUAACUUAACUAUUUUAAGAUUGUAGCUUAGUUCUGUGACUUUGCAACAUUGGUUUUAUUUUAAGCCGUUUGAGGUGACUGAUAAAAUAUCUUAAUAAAUAAUAAAAAAGUUUUGG